UUUAUGAAACGGAAUUUAGUGUCACACAACAACAAUGGCUGACGAAGAAAAGUCGCUUCCAAAUUUGCAAAAUGGGACACCGGUCCCAAAGAUUACCCCAACUCAAGCAAACACAACGGGUGAAAUGAGUAGACCAAAUAAUUUACAAAGAAUUGCUCAAAAGAAAGCAUUGGUACGGAGCUAUCCUCGAACAAAGAAACUUGAAAAACUAGCUGUUUAUUCGUCCUGCAAGACCGAGGGAUGUAAGUGCAAUGGUUGGAAGAAUCCAAACCCCCCACCUACUCCUCCAAGAGUGGAUGUAUCCCAACCACUGGCAAACCUUACAGACCCUUGUAGGAGCUGUUCCCAUACUCUCGAUGCACAUGUUUCACACUUGGAAUCAACAGCUGAAGAAGAGUUAAACAGAUUGUUAAGGAUUGUUGUGGAUGUUGAGAAUUUAUUUAUGUGUGUUCAUAAGGAAGAAGAUGCGGAAACAAAACAAGUCUAUUUUUAUCUGUUUAAGCUGUUGCGGAAGUGUAUUCUAAACAUGAGCAAUCCCACCAUAGAAGGCCCCCUAGGGAGUCCACCAUUCGAGAAACCAAGUAUUGCUAAGGGUGUGACGAAUUUUGUGUUGUAUAAAUUUGGUCACCUUGCACAGAGAGAUUGGCAAACAAUGUAUGAUUUAGCCAAAAUGUUUCUACACUGCCUCAAUCACUGGAAGCUAGAAACACCGACUAGUCGACAAACACACUCCGGCACCGAUGAUAUUGCUACAUAUAAAGUGAACUACACAAGAUGGUUAUGUUACUGCCAUGUUCCGGCAUUUUGCGAUACUCUUCCACGUUACGAGACAACUCUGAUAUUUGGUAGAACUUUGUUACAGUCUGUAUUCCAGACAAUGAGGAGACAACUAUUGGAGAAAUUUCGUGCCGAGAAGGAUAGGAUGCCUGUUGAAAAAAGAACGCUGGUUUUAACACAUUUUCCAAGGUUUCUAACCAUGUUAGAAGAGGAAGUGUACGGUGAUGGUUCGCCUAUCUGGGAUACCGAGUUUUCUCAGGCCAAUGUUAAUAACACAGGUGCUAAUUCAGAUGCCAGUUCAGUCGCCAGCUCUGAGAAAUCAGAUGACAAGAAUUGUACACCUGUCGCUUUACGUAGAUCGUCGAGAAAUGAGGCAUUGGCAGGUUUGUACAGUGAGAAGAGAAAGUUGGAGGAAGUUUUAGUGCCAGAAGAAGUUAAAAAGCCAAAGAUUGACGGAGAUGUUCCCAUGGAUCUUAUACAAGAGAUUGUAGCCACGAUCAAUGAUCCAGAGGAGAUGGUUGGCCCAGAUUCUUCGCUCUUCCCUAGUCAUGCAUCAAGAGACGAAAGUGCAAGAAAUGAAGAGAAAAAAGGUGUAAUAGAAUUUCAUGUGAUUGGAAACUCACUGAGUAGGAAACCAAGUCGGCAACUCCUAAUAUGGCUUAUAGGAAUGCAGAAUGUCUUCUCACAUCAGCUUCCUAGGAUGCCGAAAGAAUACAUUACAAGACUAGUUUUUGACCCGAAACACAAGUGUCUGGCAUUGGUAAAGGAUAAUAACGUUAUUGGUGGUAUAUGCUUUAGAAUGUUCCCAUCACAAGGGUUUACAGAGAUUGUUUUCUGUGCUGUUACAUCUAAUGAACAAGUUAAGGGAUAUGGAACUCAUCUGAUGAAUCAUCUGAAGGAUUAUCACAUUAAACACAACAUUGUACAUUUCCUCACAUUUGCUGACGAGUUUGCCAUCGGGUAUUUCAAAAAACAGGGUUUCUCCAAGGACAUUAAGCUACCAAAGUCAGCUUAUCUAGGAUAUAUCAAGGAUUAUGAAGGGGCAACACUUAUGGGAUGUGAACUUAACCCUAGAAUCUGCUAUACCGAGUUCUCUAAGACAAUACGCAAACAGAAAGAG